AUGGAGUUGGUGGCUCCAGAAACGGCAAGGGAGGACUCCGACGGGGCCGAGUAGCGGGGGACCAACCGGUCGUCAGGAUCCCAGGGAGUCCCGAGGUCCGCCUUCGAUUGCGGAGUUGUUCCACCCAAGCGGCCCUUCCUGGUGUGGCCGGGGCAGCCGGCCGCCCGGGAAAUGAUGAUGGGCCUGCAGUACCUACGUAGGUCAGUCUCUGGCCCUGGGGAGGAAGAAGCCCCUGGCAAGACCAACUAUCCUGCAGUCCCCAGAGCCUUCGAGCGCCAGGAGUGUGGACUGUCCGCAGCCUACCUCCCUAACCUCAUUCACCACCAAAGCAGCCAUGGGGGCGACAAGCCCUACUGCUGCCCGGAGUGUAGCAAAAGCUUCCGACGUGGCUCAGAUCUGGUUAAGCACCACCGAGUACACACUGGAGAGAAACCGUACCCCUGUCCUGAGUGUGGCCGUUGCUUCAGCCUGAGCUCCAACCUCAUCCAACACCGUCGCUCCCACUCAGGCCUCCGGCCCCACAAAUGUCUGGAGUGCGGGGAGGCUUUUGGCCGCAGCUCGGACCUGGUUAAACACCAGCGGGUGCACACAGGUGAGAAGCCUUACACCUGCGCUGAGUGUGGUAAGACUUUCAGCGUUAGCUCCAACCUGAUCCAGCACCAGCGCACGCACACGGGCGAGAAGCCCUACCGCUGCGGGGACUGCGGCAAGCGCUUCAGCCUGAGCUCCAACCUGGCGCAGCAUCAGCGCUCACACACGGGCCAGAAGCCCUACCGCUGUGCCUGGUGUGGUGACAGCUUUGGGCGCAGCUCUUCUCUGCUCAAGCACCAGCGAUUGCACACUGGGGAGAAGCCCUACAGUUGCUGUGAGCGUGGCGAGAACUUCACCAACAUCUCGGACUGCAUACGGCACCAGCGCACCCACAGUGGAGAGCGGCCCUUCAAGUGUCCUAAGUGUGGUCGUGGUUUCAGUGAGCGCACCCAGUUCACCAGUCACCAGCGCGUUCACAUGGGUGAACGACCCAAUGCCUGCCCAGAAUGUGGCAAAUCCUUCUCCCACAGCGCCAAGCUCCUUAAACACCAACGCUCGCACACAGGCGAGAAGCCCUAUAAGUGCCCCAGCUGCAGCAAGAGUUUUGGAGACAGUUCACAUCUGCUGCGGCACCAACACCCUCACACGGGCCAGAAGCCUUAUACUUGCGGCGAGUGUGGCAAGAGCUUCCGCCGGAGCGCCCACCUGCUCAUCCACCAGGUGGCGCACAGCGGUGAGAAGCCCUACGUCUGCCUGCAGUGUGGCAAGGCCUUCGCCCGCAGCUCCAACCUGGGCCAGCACCAGCGGACGCUGCAGGGGCACAGCCCCUGCCAGUAUCCCUGGCUUAAGUUGCAGCCCAGACUUCAGCUCUGACUUUGGUCCAGGCUCAAGGAGCCUGAGGGGCCCAGCAUUUCUCAGUAAACCUCACUUCUGCUCCUCUAGGGCUGCUGAUUAGUGGGCUGAAUCAGGGAACCCCAGGCUGGAGGAAUCGGAACAGAAAAGUGGGCUUAGGCCUGUUCUCUGAGGCCCUGGAGAUGGGAUUCCAGCUGGAGGGAGAGUUUGGGGAUGGCAAGAGCUGGCCCAGCUGCUUUAAGAUGCAGAACACCUUUGGUGGCCUAGGUGUGUCCCUUCACAGGCCUAGGGAGUGAUAGGGCUAAUCACACCAAGAGCAACAGUUACCUCAGCCCAGAGGAAUGGGGCUCAACGCCAGGCAAGCCCCCGUGAGGAAUGCAGUAGGGGAAGAGGGGGUCGGGGAGGUCCUCACCUCCAGAGGGGACCAUAAGGCAGGCUGUGUUCUAGCACAAGGAUCAGAGUUUGAAUUUGAGACCAUUAGGUGAGCUCUGGGGUGUGUGACCCCUUUGAAAGAGAGCUGUCUUUACAGGGUGAAGCUGGUGGGGCCCAGGGCCAAAGCAAAGGACCGGGAGGCCUGUCUGUUGAGUUCGGGGGGUGCCCGGUGACAUUUCUAGGCAAGGGCAGAAGGCCCGAGGUUGGUUGUCUGCCCCUACCUCUUCUUUAGCCUUUUCCCUUGCAGGUUCCCCAGGCUUUUUCUCUGAUCCCUCAACAGAGGAGAAAAUGUGAAGAUUCACUUGUGCCCGGACACCGGGGACUAGACAUGGUCGUUUUGCCAGGGCGCUGGGGCGGGCUGCCUCCGUAAACAAAUGUGUUUCUAUUGGUAAAACUUAGAGUAUAUGGGAGCCAGAGGGAGGCUUCCCGAAGCACUGCACAAUGUGUGCCCAGAGCAGAGUCUAAGCUGUGAGGCCCUGCUCUCCCCCCCGUAGCUGGCUGUGUUCCUGGGAGAGGCACAGAAUGUAGCCCUUAUGAGGUUGGGGGAGGCCUAAUGCCCACCCCAUGGGACCAUGAGCCUCAUGCAUCUGGUGCCCUGUCCCCAGAUCUUGUCUCUCACCAGGUUUGGUGCAUCUAGAACCGUAUCCACGGGGAAGAGGGGCCAAAGGGGAAGGAUGUGAGGUAACUCCUCCCUCAGCUUCUAGCACAGAGUGUCCAGGCUUCUCUCUUUGUGACUGCGUGACCUUGGACAGGUCUGCCUCUUCUGAGCUUCAGUCUCUUCAUCUGUAAAACAAGGAUGAUGAAAGGACUCGGCAAGGAAAGGACUCAGCAGUCCUCAGUUCCCUGCUCUUCCUCAAGUCUGUCACCCUGUCACCGGUGGUGUUGGCCCACAGACAUCACGCCAGCGCGCUUCCUAGCUUCUCCCAAAGGUUACAGAAAUGAGUGAGGCAGCCCCAGUCCUGGAGUAGUUUGGUGUCGUGAAGGAGAUGGACUCAGGCUCGAUGCUGGCACUGGAGAAAGGGCAUCACCUGGAGUAAGUCUAAGAGGCUUCAUGAAGGUGACAUCUAAUGGAUGCCACUUGUCUCCUCAAGCUGGGUCUGUGAUGAACAGAUGGGUUCUGGCAUAUUCCCCAUCAAUGGCAUCUCAAAAUAGCACAAGCCAGUGACUGAGUUGGAGGCCUGAGCCAGGUGCGUCCGUAGUAGGCAUUCAGUAAAUAGUUGUUAUGAUCAGGUCCUGUUUACUCUUACUAGUGACCUUGGGGCCUCAGCUUCCUCAAAGCUGGAUUGCGUUCUCUGCAAAAUUGUAACUGCAGGUGGACGUUAGGUACAUGGCAGAGGUGGGCAUGGGAGGAGGAUUUGUUUGCAAAAUCCCUUUCAGUCAACUGGAAGCUAAUUUCUCACAUUAAGGUAAAUAGCCAUGUGCCCCAUAUCCUCUCAGUUGUAGAGACAGGUCCUGCCCAGAGCAGGGAGGCAGGCCAGUCCUUGGAAACAAGAAGGAUGGGCUUAAUCCAACAGGGGUUUAUCCGGCAUUCACUGUGCCCUGAGCUGGGAAAGAGGCACUCUCCAAGCAUGUGGCCAGUGCUUAGGCCAGAGGCAGCGGACAUGUUUGCUUUGGCCUUCACUCUGUGUGUGUGUGUGUUUGUGUGUGUGUGUGUGUUUACACUAUUGAGCCACCUUUUUUUUUUUUUUUUUUUGCCGGUGGCUUGUGGGAUCUCAGUUCCCCAAUCAGGGACCGAACCCAUGCCCUCAGCGGUGAAAGUGCGGAGUCCUAACCACCGGACCACCAGGGAAGUCCCAUGAACCAACAUUUAAAUCAGGAGAUUUCACAUCACAAUCUAGAUUUCUAGUUUGCUGUUUUUGGGGAGGAGAGAGGGGAGAGGAUCAGAAAAUUCAGCAACACUGGAGCUUUCCAGCAACAACGUGUUGACAGGGCUGAGUAGUGGCUGCCCCGGACAUGGACAGUCCCCACCGCUCCCUGGUGUGUCCCUGACUCAGCAAGUUUCAUUUGAAUUCCUUGCCUAACAGCUACAGAAAGGCGUUUGGGGGUGACCAUCCCCACCCUACACUCUCAUGGGUGAGAAAGGCCCAUACAGUGGAGGCAGUUUCUCUUUUCCCUCACCCCUUCCUGCCCCCCACCAGCCAUUUUCCUCCCCAGCCCCCAGCCCAGCUGACAGACCGGACCUGCUUUCCCGACCCCAGAUAUCACCCUCUAAUAUUGAAGCUCCUUUCCGUAUGUGCCAGGGAGUAGGGGCAGAGCUUACGGGUUCAGCAAGGCCAGGCAAACCCCUGUGUGCCUUGGUCAGAGGGCCGAGUAUUGGGCCCUGUGAACCUCAGGGAGACAGUCCUCGGCAGACACCCGUCGCAGGGCUAUUUUGGGAAGCAAGCAGGUGUGGAGGUGCUCUAUAAACGCUAAGGCCCCGGUGGGCUCGGAGGGAGGGGGCGUCAGUAAUACUGUCUCCCCUGGGCUGGCCCUGGCUUCUGGACAUGUGCUUGGACUCCAUCCAGUUCUGUCUGAUCUCACCCAGUCCUGGGAGCCUGGUUCCUCCUCUGAGCCUGGUGGGCGGUACAGAGGCUGGUGCUGGGCAGUGGGUGUGGCCACUGGCUGGCAGCUGGAGUCCCACCCACCCAGAAGCCCAACAGUGGCUGGCAGGUGCUUUUUU